CCUAUAAGUGUGUUAGGAAAGUCAAUAAGGACUUUUUAUCAACUUUCUCAAUUUUAUAUACCCUCCAGAGAAUGUUCGGUCUCUCUUGUUUUACACGUUCAAAUUAUAAAUUAUACUAUUCACCGGAAUAUUUCAAAAUCACUUUUAUUGUAAUCGUCAUGCUUUUCAUUAAAUUAUUUAGCAUAUGUUACAAAAUGAUCGAAACAAAAUCAACCAGCAUGAAAUUUGGUGUGAAUGAUAGUUAUGAGCUAAUCGCAAUUUUCAAUCUUCUCCGAUAUAUAACAGAUAUAUUUUUGGUCCGUAAAUUUAGAAAUUUUUAUUUGAAAUACGUCAGUCGUUACAAAACGAUAGAUAAUAGACUUGGUAGAACCUAUUACUAUAGAAUCAAACAAAGCAUCCGUAGAACUUUUAUUUUCUUCAGUGUUAUUGGUUCCACAGUGUUUAUUUCAGAUAUUAUCGCGUGGGGUCUGAAAGACGAAUUGACUUAUGAAUUUGUAUACUUUUGUGAUUAUUUUUAUGAUUUCUGUAAACUACUCAGCGAUCUCGACUUUAUUGGAAAUUGUGUGCAAGUGAAAUACCGGCUCAAAAUGAUCAGAAAUAUCCUCUUUGAACACUAUCACCAUUUUGAAAAUUUACCGGAAGCUUUCAUAAAUUUCAAAUAUAAUGAACAAUGUUCCUGUCGUAAUAUUAAUGUUAAACAUUUAAAUAAUUUCAUUAAUGAAAACGGGAAACAAAAUAUGCCGCUCAAAAAGUGCUAUUUGUUGCUAGUCGACCAAUGUUCCGCAAUAAACACAAUGUGUGGAUUCAGGAUUAUUCUAAGCAGUUUAUAUUACCUAGCAGAUGUGACACUAUCUAUUCUAUUUACAAUACGACUUGUCUCAAAUACUAAGCUAGGAAAUAUGGAAACCAGUUACUUUACUAUAAUAUCAGCUGUCAUGCAAGCAGUUGUGGAUACUCUAGUUGUAUUUUAUGCAAUAUAUAUUUGUGAAAACAGCUAUAGAGAAGUAGAAAAAAUUGUAUGUUAUAUCGAAUAUUUCCUGCUUAACAAAAAAAUGGAUCCUCGAGAUCGGCAUUCUUUACAAGAACUGAAAGAUUUAAUACUGACAAGACCAAUCAGAUUCCACGCGGCCUAUUUCUUUAAAAUGGAAUAUCCCACUGUUGUAACAGUAGCAUCUAGCAUCGUGAUGUGCAUUGUUUUAUUAUUACAAAAUACAUAGUGAUUAUAAAGA